CCGCUCGCAGGCUCCGCCGCUCGGCCUCGGGGCAUGUCCUCGCCGUCCUCGCGCUCCGCAGGCUGGGAACAUUUGUGGUGGUUCACGAUGGUUUCAAGAUGGCUUGUAAUGUGCAUGCCCAGAAAUUCUGAUUUUCAAGCAGCAUGAUAUUCGCUCUGAAAGACUGCACAUAUUCUUAACAUCUUGAUCACUUGAUUACGCAGAUGAUGAGGUUUCUGCAGUUUGCCGGUUUGAACUAUAGAAGCUGAUGGAACUUGAAUAUAAAAUACUUGAUUUGGUUUUGCUGAAGAAAGAUACUACACUAUCCAGCAAAUCAUUACCCAUAUAAUGGAUUUUAUCUGACUUGCUAAAUCAUAUUGCAUUCUCUUUCUUGGACUUUGUGGUAACAGACAGUACAGGAAAUGUUCUUUUAAUCUUACUGCAUCUACAAACAAUAAUUACUAAUGCAUAAAGAUAAUUUUUUGAGCUACAGUAGAACUAACAUUUGCAUCCUUUAUAAGAAUCCUGGUUUUAUUCAUCUGAAAGAUUUUAAUGAUAAUGUUUCUCUAAAGUAUGAACAAGAAAAGAACUUGUAGCAUUGAGAAACUGUCUAUUGAUAAGAAUGCCCAGAAGAGGUUUAAUGCUUCAAGCCAGGACCCGUUGGCUACUCUUGGGUCUUGCGCUGCUAUGUAUUUUGAUAUUAUUUAUGUACCUUCUUGAGUGUGCUCCACAGACUGAUGGCAAUGCCUCUCUUCCUGGCAUCAUUGGAGAGAAUUAUGGUAAAGAGUACUACCAGGCUCUCCUACAAGAACAAGAAGAGCAUUAUCAAACUAGGGCAUCUAGCCUGAAACGUCAGAUUGCCCAACUCAAGCAAGAAUUACAGGAGAUGAGUGAGAAAAUGAGAUCACUGCAAGAAAAAAAGAACACUAGAGCAAAUGGUAUGGGUUAUCAAGGCACCAAAGAACAAAUACCUAGUGAUCUUUUGGAGUUUCUUCAUUCUCAAAUUGACAAAGCUGAGGUAGGCAUAGGAGCUAAACUACCUAGUGAAUAUGGUGUCAUCCCCUUCGAAAGUUUUACCUUAAUGAAAGUCUUCCAAUUGGAGAUGGGUCUCACUCGACACCCAGAGGAAAAGCCUGUUAGAAAAGACAAGAGAGAUGAGUUGGUAGAAGUUAUUGAGGCUGGCCUGGAAGUUAUUAAUAAUCCUGAUGAAGAAGAUGAUCAAGAAGAUGAAGAUGGACCAGUUGGAGAAAAACAAUUAUUUAAUGAAAACGAUUUUGUAGAAGGUUAUUAUCGAACUGAGAGAGAUAAAGGGACACAGUAUGAACUCUUUUUUAAGAAGGCAGACCUUAUGGAAUACAGACAUGUCACUUUGUUCCGACCCUUUGGACCUCUUAUGAAAGUAAAGAGUGAAACAAUUGACAUUACCAAAUCAGUUAUUAAUAUCAUUGUACCUCUUGCUGGAAGGACUGAGGCAUUUGCACAGUUUAUGCAGAACUUCAGGGAUGUAUGUAUUCUUCAGGACAAGAGGAUUCACCUUACAGUGGUAUAUUUUGGUGAAGAAGGACUAUCUAAAGUCCAGAUCAUCUUAGAAUCAGUUUCUCGUGAAGCUAAUUUUCACAAUUUUACAUUGGUUUCAUUGAAUGAAGAAUUUAAUCGAGGCCGAGGACUAGAUGUGGGUGCCAGAGCCUGGGACAAGGGAGAGGUCUUGAUGUUUUUCUGUGAUGUUGAUAUAUAUUUCUCAGCAGAGUUUCUUAACAGUUGCCGAUUAAAUGCUGAACCAGGAAAAAAAGUUUUUUAUCCAGUGGUGUUCAGUCUUUAUAAUCCUGCUAUUGUUUAUGCCAAUCAAGAUGUGCCACCACCAGUUGAUCAGCAAUUAGUCCACAAAAAAGACUCUGGAUUCUGGCGAGAUUUUGGUUUUGGAAUGACUUGUCAAUAUCGAACAGAUUUUCUGACUAUUGGUGGAUUUGAUUUGGAAGUAAAAGGAUGGGGUGGAGAGGAUGUUCAUCUGUAUAGAAAAUACUUACGUGGUAAUCUUAUUGUUAUUCGAACCCCAGUUCCUGGUCUUUUUCACCUGUGGCAUGAGAAGCACUGUGCUGAUGAGCUGACCCCAGAGCAAUACCGUAUGUGCAUACAGUCAAAAGCCAUGAAUGAGGCUUCUCACUCCCACCUUGGAAUGCUUGUCUUCAGGGAGGAGAUAGAGACUCAUCUCCAUAAACAAGCAUAUAGGACAAAUAGUGAACCUGUUAGAUAAAUUACCCAUCAUUUUAAUGCAUUAUAAUAUGAACAACAACCAGCACUAUUCACUUGCCUUAAUUAGUUUACAAAUGCAGUGCCUCUCUCAAAGAACUUUUUAUCUUUCAGAUCUUUCUGUGCUUGACACAGUUCAGUUAUCUGAAAUGAGAAGAAAAAUCGAGUGUUUAAUUGAAAUCCUCAAUUUUGUGAGAAUACAGCGGCAAAGAACAACUGCCCAAUUUGUUCAAUGAGAAUCUAAUAUUUUCCACCCAAAGUUGUUAUACUGUCUAUCUUAGUUGUGGUACUGUGCUUUUCAGACAUGACUUGAUUAUGUCUUUGCAUUUGAUCAGUUUAAUUCAUUCUGCUGAUGGUAUUCGUAGCAUAUUUAUAUUUAGGAAAGAGCGUGUUGUUUUCUGCUAAGUAGUAAUGAGUGGCCAUGCUUUUUGUGUCUGGAUGAGGUCUGUGGUCAUUGAGUACUUAAUUAAUCUUACUAAGAGAAUGAGAAGCCGAAGAAGUUAACAGAGGAAAAUUGGCUCACCUGUGGUCAUUCUGCCAAGUACAACAGUAGCAGAGAUGGGAACUUAAUACCUUUGUAUCAGUUUAUUGCUUUGCCCACAAAUCUCUGUGAGAAAAUGUGUGGCAAUGGGAAACUUACUGAAAAACUUGAUUUUAGGUAAAAGUACAUGGCUGGAUUAGGUGUUUAACAUUAAUGUGCCAUUACAUUCUUAAUCAUCACAUUACAAGGUUAGUAAUCAUAUAGAAAAAAAAAGUAGCUGCACUAUUUUUAUAUUAAGGAGAAUAAAAUAUAUCAAGAAUUUUUGAAAAGUAGCAUUAAGGAAUUUUAGUUGAAAGGGACUUUAGAGAUCAUGUAGUUCAGUACCCUUGUUAUACAACUGAGGAAACCAGUAAUUUGCUAGAGAACACACAAUUAGAUAAGUGGAAGACAGGACCAGGAACUAGUCUCUCUGCGCUCUUAGUCCAGUGCUUUUACCCCCACACUUGCUGCCUCCACAGAAGAACCUUUCAUUAUGUUGGUAAAUAAUUCUGUAUGAAGUGGCAGUUGGUGUAUACACAAACAGCAUUUGCUUAUGUAAGCUAAGCAAACAGUCCUGUGGGUGAAUUUCAGAAUAUAUAAGGACUGUAAAUUUAAAUGAAUGGGCUUUUAAAAAAAUCUUUCUAUUGCUAUACAUAACAUGGGAAACAACCAUUUAAUUACGCCCAUUUUCUGAUGUAUGUUGAAAGGUACUGUUUCUCUGGGAAAACUUGCUUGUAUCUUUGGGUUGAUAGGUUAGAACUUCACAGGAAAUGACUCAGUUUACAUGCAAUAAGACUUCAUUAAUUUGGAAUAAUAGAAAAUGAACAAUGUAACAUGUUGAAGUAUCUCAAAUAUUUUAAAAGAUCCAUUUUAUUAAAAUAUAAAUUAUAAAUGAAGAUAAACAUGAAUAUUACUAAUGAGGCAUAAUGUAGUGAUUUAAAAUCACAUUUACAGUAAACCUUAUAGUGUAUCACAAAUAUUUGCUAUGACAUAAACUUAUAGAAAUUGUUUUAUUUGAAAGUUGGAAAUAUAUCAAAGUAAUACUUAAUUUUAAAAAUCUUUUGUUUUAAAAAGGUACUGAUUUUAGAUUGGAUUCCCCUUAUUUUCACUAAGACUCUGAAAUUUUAAAGAAAGACAUAUUUUGAACCUUUUAUUAAGUAAGAAUCACACUAUUUUUGAAUUGUUACAGAUUCUAAGUUAGUGGGGUCUGUUAGGUUUUACUGUAGUUUUGAUCAGUGUUUAAUUCACCUCUACUUGAAUGAGGUUGGAUUUAGGCAUUUAAGAUAUGGAAUAAGAUAUACUGUUAAAAAUUAUUCUGGACGUCCUUUGUACAUAAAUUGCCUGUUAUUUAUUGUGAAGACUAGUGUAUUAUGGUAUUUAAAAUGAAAGAAUGUAAUCAUUUGCAAAGGUAAGCUGCAACUGUUUCUUUUUGUAUGCCAGAAUUAGGUACCUUUUCUGCAUUUGAAUAGCUUUUUAUUUAAGUAUGAAAAUUAUGAAAUGGAAACGUUACUAUGUUUUCAUCAUUGUACGGUACCAGUAAAGUAUUUUUAUUACCAA